CGCUGGAGGCUCCGCCGCGCCGCCUGCCAACCCGGGAUCUACCUCCGUGAUUUUCUAGCCCCGUUUUUUUUUUUUGGUUUUUUUUUUUAUUUUUUCCUCCCCCAUCACCCGUUUUCCUCAAUCUUGGAUAAUUCUUGGGGUGCUGGGGGAUUUUGGGAUUUUUUUCUAAGAGGGGGUGCCUGGGCAUCUCCCCCACGCGCCCGCUGCCUUGGUCCACCUGCCCUUGCGCCUUUUUUUUUUCUUUCCCCCCGUCUCUCCACCAAACCCGGGCUGAUGUGCUGUGCGAGAGGCUGGAAAUGGAAGUGUUGAUGCUCUGGCUUUUCCCCUGGAUAUUUCAGUGCGUUUCGGUGCGGGCGGACUCCAUCAUCCACAUUGGUGCCAUUUUCGAAGGCAAUGCUGCCAAGGACGAUGAAGUGUUCAAGCAGGCGGUGUCGGAUCUGAACCUCAAUGACGACAUCCUCCAGAGCGAGAAAAUCACUUACUCCAUCAAGCUCAUAGAGGCCAACAAUCCCUUCCAUGCGGUGCAGGAAGCCUGCGACCUGAUGACCCUGGGCAUCUUGGCGCUGGUGACGUCGACGGGCUGCGCGUCGGCCAACGCGCUGCAGUCGCUGACGGACGCCAUGCACAUCCCGCACCUGUUUGUGCAGCGCAGCACGGGCGGCUCCCCGCGCACGGCCUGCCAGCUCAACCCCAGCCUGGAGGACGAGGAGUACACGCUGGCCGCGCGCCCGCCCGUGCGCCUCAACGACGUCAUGCUCAAGCUGGUCACCGAGCUGCGCUGGCAGAAGUUCAUCGUCUUCUACGACAGCGACUACGAUAUACGGGGACUGCAGGGAUUUCUGGACCAGGCCUCCAGGCUGGGACUUGAUGUAUCAUUACAAAAGGUGGACAGGAACAUCAGCAGAGUGUUUUCCAACCUUUUCACCACCAUGAAAACGGAGGAGCUGAACCGCUACCGGGACACCUUGCGCAGGGCCAUCCUCCUCCUGAGCCCCCGGGGAGCCCAGACUUUCAUUAAUGAGGCUGUGGAAACCAACCUUGCAUCAAAGGAUAGUCACUGGGUCUAUGUAAAUGAGGAAAUCACUGAUAAUGAAAUAUUAGAGUUGGUGCAUAGUGCUCUGGGGAGGAUGACAGUGAUCCGGCAGAUUUUCCCUCUGGCAAGGGACAACAACCAGAGGUGCAUGAGGAACAACCACCGAAUAUCCUCGCUGCUCUGUGAUCCACAGGAAGGCUACCUUCAGAUGCUGCAGGUUUCCAACCUGUACCUGUAUGACAGUGUGCUCAUGCUGGCCAAUGCUUUCCACAGAAAACUGGAGGACAGGAAAUGGCACAGCAUGGCAAGUCUGAACUGCAUGAGGAAAUCCACCAAACCCUGGAAUGGAGGAAGAUCCAUGCUAGAGACUAUUAAGAAGGGCCAUAUAACUGGGCUGACUGGUGUUAUGGAGUUCAGAGAAGAUGGAGCCAACCCCUAUGUCCAAUUUGAAAUACUGGGCACCAGCUACAGCGAAACAUUCGGCAAAGACGUGCGGAGGCUGGCGACGUGGGACUCUGAGAAAGGCCUGAACGGCAGCCUCCAAGAGCGGCGGCUGGGCAACGACCUGCAGGGAGUGACGCUCAAAGUGGUGACUGUCUUGGAAGAACCUUUUGUGAUGGUGGCAGAGAACAUCCUUGGGCAGCCAAAACGAUAUAAAGGAUUUUCCAUCGAUGUCCUGGAUGCACUGGCCAAGAAUCUGGGAUUCAAGUAUGAGAUAUAUCAAGCUCCUGAUGGCAAGUAUGGACACCAGCUCCAAAACAGCUCCUGGAAUGGCAUGAUUGGAGAACUCAUUAACAAGAGAGCAGACCUGGCCAUCUCGGCCAUCACCAUAACGCCCGAGCGGGAGAGCGUGGUGGACUUCAGCAAGCGCUACAUGGACUAUUCCGUGGGCAUCUUAAUCAAGAAGCCCGAGGAGAAGAUCAACAUCUUCUCCCUCUUCGCUCCCUUCGACUUCGCGGUGUGGGCCUGCAUUGCGGCGGCCAUCCCCAUCGUGGGCGUGCUGAUCUUCGUGCUGAACCGCAUCCAGGCGGUGCGGGCGCAGGGCGCGGCGCAGCCCAGCCCCUCCGUGUCCUCCACCCUGCACAGCGCCAUCUGGGUCGUGUACGGAGCCUUCGUGCAGCAAGGGGGUGAGUCCACUGUCAAUUCUGUGGCGAUGCGCAUUGUCAUGGGAAGCUGGUGGCUCUUCACCCUUAUUGUGUGCUCUUCCUACACAGCAAAUUUAGCAGCAUUUCUCACAGUAUCAAGGAUGGAUAAUCCCAUAAGAACAUUUCAGGAUCUGUCCAAACAAAUGGAUAUAUCUUAUGGCACAGUCAGGGACUCAGCAGUGUAUGAAUACUUUAAAGCAAAAGGGACCAACCCUUUGGAGCAGGAUAACACAUUUGCUGAACUGUGGAGGACUAUCAGUAAGAAUAAUGGGGCAGAUAAUUGUGUAUCAAACCCUUCUGAAGGCAUCAGGAAGGCAAAAAAGGGAAAUUAUGCUUUCCUGUGGGAUGUGACAGUGGUGGAAUAUGCUGCACUGACAGAUGAUGAGUGCUCUGUGACAGUCAUUGGAAACAGCAUCAGCAGCAAAGGAUAUGGGAUAGCACUCCAGCAUGGAAGUCCCUACAGAGAUCUUUUCUCCCAGAGGAUCCUAGAGUUGCAAGAAAGUGGAGAUUUGGAUGUUCUUAAGCAGAAGUGGUGGCCACGGAUGGGACGCUGUGACCUGAAUAGCCAUACCAAUGCACAGACAGAUGGGAAGGCACUCAAGCUGCACAGUUUUGCAGGAGUUUUCUGCAUUUUAGCAAUAGGCCUUCUUCUUGCUUGCUUGGUGGCAGCAUUGGAGUUGUGGUGGAACAGCAACCGUUGUCAUCAAGAAACACCGAAAGAGAGCAGAUACAGCAUGGGCAGCAGCAGUGCAAACUUCCCCUCAUUGCCCCACCAAUGUGCCUCAGCCCUGACCUGGAGAGACCACCUUUAGGGGUAAGAGAGUGGUUCAGAAACACGCCCUCGGCCACUCUGCUGUGAGUGACGGGGAGGCCAGUCACAGGCACCCAGCUGUGCCAUCUGUGGUGAUGUUUUCUCUGACCUGAGCCCCAUCCAUCGGCUGGGAGAUCUGAGUCCAUCCUGUGCAGGCUCUGCAGCUGCCAGACGUCUGGUAGCUGCUCUCCUUCAUGGCUGACUUAGGCUGAGUUUGAAGAGGUACACAAGCAAUUAAAAAUAAAUCAGCUAGUUAAUAAUUGAAUAAGCCAUAUUGCCAUGACACUGUUUAAAUGCUUCCUUUCUUUUGAAGUCAGUUUUAUUUCUAAAAGUAGGAGCCUCUGAGGAAGCUGACCUUCAUAUAACAUGUUUUAUCUAGGAAAUUAUACCUGAGAAGUUCUUGGGUUUGAAGUUUCCAUGCACAGCAGCCAGAAGAAGUUAGCAAUGCUAAGAUAGAAUAAUCAGUCUAUUCUCAGAUCUGUCUUGCAUGAAGCCUGUAUUUGUUUACCUAGUUUAAAUGUUUAACAAACUAACCUCUUGCAAUUUUGGAGACACUUGAGGCAUUUGUAGGUGCUUUCAUCUUGGAACAGAUGUUUUUUACAAGCUAAUAAUAACAGUGAGCUACACUGCAGCUGGAAAACAUUACAUAGCCCACCAAUUCUAAUCUCUCUUUUUCAAGUUGCAGGAGCAGCAGACUAACUGACAUACCUGUCACCUGUAAGCAAGUUUGGCAAAUUGGCAACAUGGUCUAGUGGAUGGUGUCCCUGCCCUUGGCAGAGGGGUUGGAGUUGGGUCCCUUCCAACACAAGCAGUUCCAUAUGCUAUGAUUUUGCCCUGCUGCCUUGUAGAAGUUGCUCCUGCUGUAACUCCAAAGGUGCCCCCUUGCCAGUGUUGUGAAGGCCUAAAGCCCAGCAGUGUUUCACUGCACACUGUGAAAUCCUGCAGGGCACAGGCAGGGAUGCUUCCCAAAGUGUCCUCAUGCUGUGGGCACAAGCACUUAUCUGGCCAUCCUGUGUGGUGUGUUCUCCUCUCUACACUCAGGGAAUUGCCUUUGUAGAGUGAGGUGAGAAUAUGAUUUAAAGGCAGUUUCAUAUAUCUAAGGUGAAAAAAAUAGUUUUUUUAUUGCAAGGAGUUUUGAAUGAUCAGUUUCCAUUGCUGGAAAAGAAUCUGUCUUCUCAAAUUUAAAUAUAUUCUUUUUUUCACCCAUCCCUUUCCUUUCUUUUUUAAUACCUCUAAGAAGGACUAUUGCAUAUCUAUGCCUACCCCAUCCCAGCUUUUCUCCCUUUCCCAUCCUUCUCCUUCCCUUUCCCUCCAAUGUGUUCUUGAUGAAGGUUGCUCUUGUACAUGUGUAGUGCUCUUUGGCAGUUUGUUUGUCAGACAUAGAAUACUUUUAACCAUCUCUGUUUUAAAGUAAACUGAAGUUACUUCUAUGGUAGAGCUGUGCUUGGGGAGAUUGCUGUCUGUGGGGCUGGGCUGCCCUUGGAGCACAACUAGGCUGGGUUAGAGGCAAAUUAAACAGAGCAUGGACAGGUUCCAGCAAGAUCAGUGAUGGGGAGGCUGCCAGGAGAGGGGGAGCAGAGUCAGCAGGAGCCCUGGCACAGCAGGUGUGAAGGCUGAACGAGGAGGUGAGAGGGCACAGGGCUGGCUGGAGGAAGGUGUAUGGAGGGUGUGCCAGGCAAGGUGGGCUGGAAUGAGGGGUCCCAUCCAAGGGACAGCCGGCUGCAAGGCCAGGCAGGCAGCUAGAGGCACCUUUGGGUCAUCAGAGCAGCCAGAGGGAAGGGUGACAGCUGCCCAGAGCCAGGACAGGCAGGAUCCUCGGGAACCCUCUGCCUAGGCCAAUGGCCACAUUGCUCCAGCCCUGCUGCACACCAGGGGUUGGGGCUCUUGUCACAGUGACCACAACAUUCAUUCAACUAAACUAGCAAACUAAACUAGCAAACAAAUGUAGCUGUGUUUCCUUGUAGAUUAGUGGCCUGACAUAUUUUAUUUAUGUACUACCAGUGAGGAUGGAUUGAGAUGGGACAUCUGAUGGCUACUGCAAUUGAGGUAGGAAACCAAGUUUCAAAAGAGGCGGUGAAUAUAGGUUGAAGGGUUUUGAUGUGUUUAAAAGAACCAGGUUUCAAAACUAUGGUAAGGACAGGAACCAGGGCUGAGGGGGGGUGUGGAGUCCUGGGCACUGCUCUGCUUGAGGCAGGAGCCUGGCAUGGGGAACAAAAAGCACAAGGAGAGUUUGAUCUCCAGGAGGAGUGUGUUCAGCAUAGCUCAUUUCUAGCACUGUGUGUUGAGCAGCAUUUCUACAGCAAGAGCUAUAAUGGCAGAGCUACAGCAUGAGUAGCAUACACUGAACAUUAAAAUCUGCCUCUUAGCUGUGUCUGGUACUCCAGCCAAGUCAUUAGUUCAGUAAGAGCUGCAAACUCAAAUCGUGCUGCUGAUUUUCUUCUGCUUUUGGGAAGGCUUUGGCAAAACACAAGUGUUGUGAUAUCACAUAAAAAUUGUGGGAACUGGGAUGUGUCCCAGCUACUUUCUUCUGUGAAGCAGAGCUUGUGGAGGGUCACAGAGGAGGCUGAUUUUCUUGGCAGUCUGAGAUUAGACUUUGAUAUUGCCAAUGAGGCAAAGAGAAGGUGGCAACAUUUGGCUUCUGUGACCCUCACCCUGUUGGGAGCUUUAUAAAUCCCUUGGAAAAAAUUAUACUGGAACCAGAAUUGAGCAAGGAGUUGUUUUGGCUUGUGAAGCCCUUGUGUAGCAUUCUCACUUUGGCAUGACCCACCUGGUUGGUUGUAUCAUGUCAAUUGCCAACUCCACAAAAAAGAAAUGUUGGGAUGAUGAAUGUACAACUACUACAGCAGAUUUAUGGCAGAGUUGUGUGCAGCUUGCUGGAGAGAGAGAAAAAGCAUUUUUAGAGACUCUUUUUUUUUUUAUGUUGGGGGUCAGUGAAGUCUGUGGCUAAAAAAAUGAGCAUUGCCUUCCUUGUCAUCGGAGAAACAUUUCCAGCUGACAUUAAGGUGAUGUUUUUUGCCAGUUUGUUGUCUUUUCUUUUUCCACUUUGUAUUCUUUAGGCUUUUGUGGAGGUUAGGCUGAACCAAUACAUUGAUGUCCAAGGACUCAGAUGUCUGCAUGGUGUAAAUCACAGCUCUUAAUUACACUGAGUGUGCAGGAUGUAGUAUUAACUAUGAGACAAACAGAAGCCUGUCUUUUGAAACCUGACAACAUAACUUGGAUCUUGAUAUUAGCCUGAUCUACAUUUAUGGGCUUCAUAGGAAGAGUUGUGUCAAGGCCACACUGCUUCCAACUAGAAUAUUUUUUUUUACAUUUUUCACAUAUGAAGUAAUUAAACUUCACAAAAAUGUAAAAAUAGUAAUGUCCCUAUACACUAUAUCAAUUCAUUAAGACAAACCUCCAGGAAAGAUAAAUUACCUUUAUUUUUCCAUGUUGCCACUGGUUCACAAUUGUAUCUUUCAAGGAAUAGUGAAAUUUCUUGCUAGAGGAGCAAAGGCUGGGUUGAUCUUUUUCAGGAUGUUGCUACAAGAUAUUUUUAUUCUGUUUGAAGGAGAUUUGUAAAAAUGUUUCUAAUGAGUUGUGCUGUACAAAUCUUAAUGUUAUCCCUAUUCAAUCCUUAUCAGAUCAGAUUAACAAAAGAAAGAUUAGCUCCAGCAUCAGGAAAAAAUGUACUGCUGCAACACCAUGCCACAUUCUUUUAUUAGGGCUCCAGUUUGCAAUCUCUUCAAGCUGGAAAAUAUCUGGUAAUGUUAAAAUUGCCUUAUUACUUUCUAACUCAGAAAAAUCUUGCACUAGAUCAUAUUUUUCCAAAAAGAUAUUCUGGAAUUUAUAAUCACCCUCUACUCAUUAUAAUCACCCUCUACUCUACACAUCCCAGCCAUCAAAUACCCACAGUGAAAUUUAGCCAGCUCAUACAUCUAUCUCUGUGUGUUAAAAUCUUGAACUUACACAGCUGCUACUCAGCCUGAAAUACUGAUACCUAAUCUUUUGACUUUGAUAAGCUUCAGAAAAUUAGGGAGUUGUGAAAAAUUAAUAUUUAUUCUGGAGUCUUUGUUCAGUCACUUUUACAUCCCUUUUAAAUGACUGGACAAUCAGAUAAAGUUAUUAAAACUGGUACCAUAUAAAUGUUAACUUUUGACAAUUGCCUCUGGAUUUCUUUAACUUUUGUGUGAGUCCUAUGCACUUAUUUCACAAUAUCAGUAAGCCAGAAUGUAAUUUGGAUCAUUUAACAGCCCAGGGCUUUGCCACAUCAUCAGAUUGUUGGUAUCUUUUAUCCCCUUUGGAGGAAUGAAAGGCAGUUUUCACAUCUUUGUUGUCAUUAUGAUCCAGCGUGGCUGCUUCCUGCAAUGGGCUCCCCAGCACCCUCUGUGCUUUAUCAGCUGUGUCUUUGUGUGAUGUGCUACUCUCUGAAGAUUAUUACUUCUCAGAUCUCAUCAGAGCUAUGAAGAAAGCAUUCCUUGUUCAUCCAUACGCUACAAAACAAUGGGAACUUAUAUUCAAAGACAAAAUAUCCUACUAUUCAUGGAAAGAAAGUUUAAUUCCCAUAUUUUUCACUGUUCAUGGGAUUAUUCACUAAAAAAUUAACAGGCAACCCCAUGUUAAACAAAAUUAACCACUUGCGCAGAACGAUUUUUUGUUUUCUGGUAUCGGACACUUGUUGCAUCUCUCAUAAGAGGUGAUAUUGAUUCACUUAUAUUUGAUAUAGCUCUUGAAAGACAAUGUUGGAAUGACCCCACUAAAUUAUUAGUUUGAUUCUUUCUUUUCACAGAUAAUAAAUAUGAUUAAUCAAAAAUCUGUUUUUCCAAACCAGGUGUGCUAUUCCUAGCAAUGUGAGUGUUUCAGAAACUGGACCCAGUGUGUUUGGGAAUCUCUAGUGCAAGAAGAUUUGGGGGUUUUAUUGGUUAAGGCAUAGCAUAGUUUUCCACCUCCUGAGUUGCUUCUAGUCAUUGUCUCAUAACUUGUGUCAAAUUUAUAAUUCAUUAACAAUCACAGCUUAGUUUGUGGUUUCUUUUCUUUCUCAUGCUUCUACAAAAUAAUUUUAUUCAAUAGACUUUUCACUUUUCCGUCUUCUUUAUUUUUAAAUUAUUAAAAGGAAGCAGCGUCUCAGGUACUGUUCAGAGUGGAAACAGUCUUGUGUACUAGUAACAGCACCUUAUAAUUCCUAUUUCCUGUUACUCCAAGCUUAAUAAUGUCUUGAAUCUUAAAAAGUCUAGACUCUGCAAGCUCUAUGAGAUAGUGAGAGGUAGCAAAAUUAUUCUAAAAAUUGUCAGGAGUAUUUUGGUAGUGCACAGGGUGAAAGAAAAAAACCCUCGAUCUCUGGCCAGGGCAGCCUCUUGUGACCUACCUUAAACUCCCUUUUUUCCAUGUCCACUGAUGUGCAAAUCCCAGCCUACCUCAGAAAUCCAUUCUUCCAGGUUUAGCAGUCAUGAAAGUUACCCACUAAGGCUCUCUUCUGGUAUUAGAAGAGCAGGAAAUCCCAGUGUACCUUACAAAUGGAAAUAGGAUCUGGCAGCCAUGAGUCCAAUGGAUCCAAAUUUGUCACUGCUAAAAAUUGUGAUUUGUAUUUUGUUCAUCUCACUUUAGUUCUCCAGCCAGAUACUAUUUCAUGGCAAUUGAGGCUUCUGUAUCUUCAGCACGGUGUCAGCAGUGUUGGUUUUGAUUAUUAAAGAGUCUCUUCCUUUCACCAUUAUUUUCACUUUCCUUGUCUUUUUCCUUGUUGCUUCAUUUACCUUGUCUCCUUUGUGGUGUUAUCUUUUUAUGUGAUAAUUUGAUUUGUGCCAGGAUGAUUCCUUUUGAGAGUGAAAGGAAACACGAGAUCAUCAACCCAAUGUUUUAUUUUCCCUUCAUUGCAUGUUCUCUAUAUUUUAUCUUGUUUUUAUUUUAAAUUAUUUUUUUCUGUAUUUUAAUGACAUGUCUGAAAUCUUUGUACAUUUUUUGCUCAGUUGCAUAUAAAUUAUCAUUUGUUUGUACUGCUGUAUUGUAUUCUACUUUUCUAAGAAUAAAUAAAGGUUUGUUUGGGGAAAAUAAAUCAUGCAAACAUUGGCAAAAUAAUGCAUUUUAAUGCCAUCUAGAAAUUCAGUUUCAAACCAGCUUUGAAUGUAAUAAGCUGUGGAACUUCAUUUAAGUCGCAUUUUUAAAUCAGCAAAGCGGUGUUAGGAGCCAGUCAACCCAGAAUGCAAAGUUUACUGUUGCUUGAUGAUAAAGUAUAAGCUGGAAGAACCAGUCAAAAAAAAAAAAAAAAAAAAAGAGGCCUAUAUAAUGUAUAAAUUAGUUUGUACAGAGGCUGGUAAUAGCUGGAAGGGCAUCUUAACUAUCUCAAUGCUGGCUUUUUAUGGGACUGAAGAAACAAGAUUUUCUCUUUGGAGUGCCUGUAGUGAAGCAGAUACUCUGUAAUUCCAGGCAGGGUGCACAUCCAGAAUCCAAUGAAAUCACCCAACCCCUGCUAUUGAUCACCAUAGAUUUUGGUCAAGGCUGUAAUGGGUUUAACAGUGACAUAUCAUCCCUGUGAUUUAUGGCACUGGGCCCAGGCUUCUGCUACCCAAAGCAGUGGUGAAGCAAUUGAGUUUUGUACCAGCAUAUUUCCCUACCUGCAAGGGAAGGAUUUUUGUGUUUGGUUUAAUUUUUCUCUGGCGUGUAAGAAAACCCUGCUAAUGGGAUCCUUAGGGAUAUAAUCUGAAUUUACCUGGCAUGAACCUUAGGGGGGAAGAAAAUUAUUCAACAGAAAUAAGCUUAAAAAAUGAGUGUUGCCAUGCAGGGGAAUCAAAAAGAAAUAACCUGUCUAAAGUUUCAGUUUGGUGACGAGUGUAAGUACUUGCUUAAUUUGCAUUACAUUGCCUAUCCCAGAGAACUUCUGUGGCUACUCAUGAGCUUGGCAUGAGCUUAUGUAUUUUACUGAAUUGGAGCCUUAAUGUGUCAGAUUCUUUUAGAUUCUUCACACAAUGUUUACACAGCUAAUUUUUGUAUGUCUUAUCUCAGCCUAUGGCGGUAUUUUAAAGUUGACUUUUUGAAGGGGGUGUAAAAUAACAAAAUCAGUAAAAGUUUAAAAUAA